ACACGCACACGCACACGCGCACACACGGACACACCACUCCGGGGACGCACACCCGCGCGCACACACGCAGAGGCAGCUCGCCUUCCUGCCUGGCUUCCUUCCUGUCUGCUCCGCGCCUGACAGGCCCCUCGUUGCAGCCAGGGGCCGCCCGCACCGGACUGAGGCCGGGGAAAGCCGGCGGCUAGGGCAGCGGGGGCCGCGGGUGGCGGCAGCGGCUCAUGCCCGGCCUGUCCCUGCGAGGGGCGGGCACCGUGACUCGGCUGGGCCCCCAGCGGCGGGCGAUGUGAAGAUGUCAGUGGGCUGUGCCUGUCCUGGUUGUUCCUCAAAGUCGUUCAAGCUGUACUCUCCGAAGGAGCCCCCAAACGGCAACGUUCCCCCCUUUCAUCCCGGCACCAUGCUGGAUAGGGAUGUGGGCCCAACUCCCAUGUACCCGCCUACAUACCUGGAGCCUGGGAUUGGGAGGCAUACACCAUAUGGCAACCAAACUGACUAUAGAAUAUUCGAGCUUAACAAACGGCUUCAGAACUGGACAGAGGAGUGUGACAAUCUCUGGUGGGAUGCUUUCACGACUGAAUUCUUUGAGGACGAUGCCAUGUUGACCAUCACUUUCUGCCUGGAGGAUGGACCAAAGAGAUAUACCAUUGGCCGGACCUUGAUCCCACGCUACUUCCGCAGCAUUUUUGAGGGGGGUGCUACGGAGCUAUAUUAUGUACUUAAGCACCCCAAGGAGGCAUUCCACAGCAACUUCGUAUCCCUCGACUGCGACCAGGGCAGCAUGGUGACCCAGCACGGCAAACCCAUGUUCACCCAGGUGUGUGUGGAGGGCCGGUUGUACCUGGAGUUCAUGUUUGAUGAUAUGAUGCGGAUAAAGACGUGGCACUUCAGCAUCCGGCAGCACCGAGAGCUCAUCCCCCGGAGCAUCCUGGCCAUGCACGCCCAGGACCCCCAGAUGUUGGAUCAGCUCUCCAAAAACAUCACCCGGUGUGGACUAUCCAAUUCCACUCUCAACUACCUCCGACUCUGUGUGAUACUCGAGCCCAUGCAGGAGCUUAUGUCCCGCCACAAAACCUAUAGCCUCAGCCCCCGCGACUGCCUCAAGACCUGCCUUUUCCAGAAGUGGCAGCGCAUGGUAGCACCUCCUGCGGAGCCUGCACGGCAGCAGCCCAGCAAACGGCGGAAACGGAAGAUGUCAGGGGGCAGCACCAUGAGCUCAGGGGGCGGCAACACCAACAACAGCAACAGCAAGAAGAAGAGCCCAGCCAGCACCUUCGCCCUCUCCAGCCAGGAUGUGAUGGUGGUGGGGGAGCCCACCCUGAUGGGCGGGGAGUUCGGGGACGAGGACGAGAGGCUCAUCACCCGACUGGAGAACACCCAGUUUGACGCGGCCAACGGCAUUGACGACGAGGACAGCUUUAACAACUCCCCUGCACUGGGCGCCAACAGCCCCUGGAACAGCAAGCCUCCGUCCAGCCAAGAAAGCAAAUCGGAGAACCCUACGUCACAGGCCUCCCAGUAAAGGCCCUGCCACGGCUAUCCAGCGCUCUGCCUGCCUGCCCCAACCCUCGCAGCCCCAGGGAGCAGAAGACAGAAUGAAGAGACUAAGCAUCUAAAAUGGGCAGCCUCCAUCCACCCACUUCAGGGAGGAACUGAACUCUUUGGGGGCAGGUGCCAAGAUUUGCCCUCCAGUGGCCCUGGGCUGGGCCUGGUCCCUGCAGAGUCUUGGGGUUGGGGGAAGGGAGUACUCAUGUGGAUGCCUACAUGGACCCUGGGCCUCCUGAGAAAUGUCGUGACCCCUCCACCCCCCAGGGCAUUUGCCUCCAUUCUCACCCCAGGUUCUGGGUUUUACACCUCCUGAUUUCCCUCUUCAAGCCUGGGGUUGUCUAUACCCAUAGUCCUUAGGGGCUUAAAGUUUUGGGGCUUGGCUGAAUGCCUCUCCCCAAAGGUGGCUGGUAAUAGAGGGGUAAAGCUCUGGGCUCCUCCUCCCUUCUGCCACUUAUCCCAGCUCUAACUUUUUAAAAAAAAUAAUAUUAUUAAAAAUGUAAGUU